CUCUCUGAUUCGUGCUUGCCUGCCUGCUUGGAGAAAAUAGACAAUGGCGACAAGCAAGUGGCGUGUGUUUGGCUGUGGCAAAGUUUAAAUAAUCCUUUAUGUCUGUUGCAUCUUUGCGUUUUUACUUUCCUGUUGCCCCUAUCAUCUCACAACGAUAUCAAGGGACGCUAUCACGGCUGAAACGAAUGCAAGUUCUGUAUAAGAACUUGUGAAGAGUAAAGGUAUUUGUGUCCAAGCUACAGGCCCGCACCCGAAAAGUGACAAAUGCAACUGAUUGAGGCACAGUGUUAGAACUAAAAUGUUAAAGUAAGUCGAUCUUACUUAUGUUGCCAUUGUAUUAUAGACAAUAUGCUCCGUGUUGAAAGUGUUGAUGCAGUUUCAUGUUUGCGUCAAGUUCGUGCAAGACAGAUUGAAAGGAUAACGUUUAUUUAUAAUUUGAGAACAGACAGAGGAGGUUAAGGAAUAUCAGAGGGAUGGUAAAGUGAAGGGACAUGAGCCAUAACAUUGCAGGGAUGGCGCCCUUUGUGAGCAUGCCAAGGGGGAGGAACCACAUGUAUUUCCAGGGCCCUGGGGGAGAGCCGCAACACAUUCAGCGAGGACCCUGUUUUCAUGAUGAAAGGAAUGAUAAACAUCUGCCGAAUGCAUGUGGAAUGCCACUUGGAGGACUUGGACCAGAAUUCAAACCACCUGUGGUGGGAACUGUCCCUGAUCCUCCACCUCCGAAAAAGAAGCGGCGAUCAUCAAACGCGAACACCACCCCUGUUGUACAGGCGCCUCCUCCAAUGCAAGAUCUCCUUCCACCACCUCUUACUGGUUAUGGUGAUACCAUUGUGGCGUCCAAUCCUUUUGAUGACACUCCACCCCAGAUGUCGUCGAUGAGCAUGAGUCACAGCCAUCACGUCCACAUGAAUCAUCACCACCACCACCACCAUCACAUGGGUGGUCCUCCUAUGGGAGGCAUGAGUCCCAUGGGCAACAUGAGUGGGCCACCUAUGGGCAACAGUAGUCACAUGAGUGGCCCACCAAUGAACAACAUGGGCAGCCACACCAUGGGAGGACCCAUCAGCAGUGGCCAGAUGGGAGGUCCACCCAUGAGCAGUGGUCCUCCGAUGGGCAGUGGUCCUCCGAUGGGCAGUCCUAUGAACAGCUGUCCUCCUAUGGGAAGCCCCCUGAACAGCGGAACUAUGGGUGGUCCCAUGAGUACGAGUGGUCCUAUUGGUAGUCCAAUGAACAACAUGGGUAGCACAAUGAUGAGUGGAAGUUCAAUGGGCAGUCCAAUGGGUGGCCCAAUGGGAAGCCCAAUGAGUGGUAUGGGUGGUCCUACAAUGAACAGUAGUCAUAUGAAUAAUGGUCCAAUGGGUGGACCAUUGAACAGCAGUCACUUAGGAGGUCCUUCCAUGAACAACAUGGGUGGUCCAAUAGGUGGUCCACCAAUGAACAGUAGUCCGUUAAGUGGUCCUCCAAUGAACAGUAGUCCCAUGGGUGGCCCAGCAAUGAGCAAUAGUCCUAUGGGGGGACCUUCAAUGAACAAUGGACCAAUGGGUGGCCCAUCUAUGAACAGUUUGUGUGGUCCGCCAAUGAACAGUGGUCAUAUGGGAGGUGGCAUGAACGUCACACCGAUGAACAACAUGGGCUCAAUGAGUCCUAUGAAUCAUCACCAUUCUCCGCACCCUCAUCCUAUGGGAAACAUGGGACCUAUGGGUGCUAUGAGUGGUAACAUGGCUCCUAACAUGCAUCCCAUGGGGAUGCAUGGACCAUCACAUCCACCGCAUGGCUUCCCUGGACCUGGUAUGGGGCCAAAGCCAAUGCCAGUCUCAGCGGGAAAGGUAUAUCCUCCAGAUCAGCCAAUGGUGUUCAAUCCCCAGAAUCCCAAUGCACCUCCUAUUUAUCCCUGUGGAACAUGCCACAAGGAAGUCCAUGACAACGACCAAGCAAUUUUGUGUGAAUCGGGUUGUAACUUCUGGUUUCAUAGGGUUUGCACAGGUUUGACUGAAACUGCCUACCAACUCCUGACAGCAGAAGUUUAUGCUGAGUGGGUUUGUGACAAGUGCUUAACUUCCAAAAACAUACCACUAGUGAAAUUCAAACCGUAACAGACAUCAGCAACAAUUUGAGUUUCCUGCCUGCAAAUGCUAUUUGCCACCUAGGUUCUUUUUUGUUUUAAAAAAAGUUUGAAUGAGAGUGUGCAUUGUGCUCUGUAUGGUUGAAAAACUAUUGAAGACACAAAAGUAAUUGUAAUCCAUUCAUUCUUUCCCUUUAUGUCUGUGACUUUUGAAUAUAUUUUCCUGUUAAUAUUUAACAAACAGCGCUUUUGACAAGUGUGUUGUUUUUAUUUCUUAGCUUUUAGGCAGCUAACAAGUUUUUUACUAAGUGAAAACACAAUCAAAUUGGUGACUAUUUGUAUGUAUAAUGAAAUUGUGUUCACAUUACAUUACACUUUGUUUUGCAGAAUUGGUAAAAAUACUUGACUGUUUUUGAUAUAUAUAUUUUGAGAUAAUUUUUGUACAUACAAUGAUGAAUGGUUGGACUCUUUGUGAAAUAAGGUUUGUUUCUUCUUCCUAUGUAAGAUAAAUGAGUGGAAGAGUCUCCUUGAAAAUGAGGUCACAGAGAAAGUUUUAAGUUUGUAACUUGGUCAAUACUAAGCAGCGUAUAAUUCUGUAUGAUCUUGUAUAAAAUUAUGAAAAUAUCAUCAUACUUAAAAACAUUUACCUGAGUAUGUGAAACUGAAAUGAAAGAAGUGCAUAGUUUAUUUUUUAUCAUGUGAAUAAAAUAU